CUUAUAUGUCUUGGCGCUAGCGCGGACGACGCAAAGCAGUAAUGGACGGCCCGCCUCUUAGCGGGGCUAGGCCCGUCAAUGUGCGUGAGGCAUCGAAGUCACAUCAAUGUAUAGAACAAGAAGGGACGUUAUCGGGGAGCGCCGGACCUGCCUUGAGGGAAGAGCCGCGCUCGGCCUCGGCUUUUGGGGGAGUCACAAGCAGCCACCACUCAAGGAAGCGCGCGUUUGCGGAGUUUGGCGUUGCCGACGCCGUGGCGUAUGCAUCAGCCAAUCCAGAGGAGCUGUCGCUGAGCAUGUUUGGGCUUCGUGUGGGCGCUCAGCAGCCUGACCAAUCGGCCCCUCCGGACUUCGCACAAGCGCGCCCUAUCUCGCUGAACAACCUCAACAAUAGUUGCCGCAGCCGGGACGCCUUCCUGGCCGCUUUCAAUCCCGAACCUCCUCGCAUGGCGCCGGAAACUGACGUGGAGGGCAUCAAUCGCAUGCUGGAGGGCCUUGACGACAUGCUAGCGGACGCCGCCACCUUAAGACUGCUGGAGCAACAAGAGGACGCAGCCGCGAGCGGCCCGCCGCCCCAGGGCCUUGAGCAGCCCCUUCACCAACAACAGCAGCAAUGGGACAUGAAGGGCUGCUAUACGCCCGGCUACCCCCCUGCACACUUGCCGUCGGACCGGGAUCGGUUUUCGCAGGGGACCAAUAUGAGUGAGCUUGACAGCGCCCAAGCCAUAGCCGGAGCAGGUAGUCUCAGCGUGCCUUACGUUCGCGCGCUGAACGUCGCGCGGCUGACGGCCCGGGCAGGGACUGGCGGCGUGGACGGGUAUUCGGGUCUGGGUAGCGGUAGCCCCGCCCUGCAUGGGCCAGGUGGAGGCGGAGGCCGAGGCGGGCCGGCACAGGUGGCGGCGCGUCUCGCGGCGCACAGCACCCCGCUCCCCCGUGACAUGCAACCUGAGCUGGCCGGUAACUGGCUGCACCAGCACCACCAGCAGCGGCAGCAUCAGCACCAGCAAUUCAACCAGGCGCCAGCCCAGGGGCAGGCGCAGCCCGCCGUGCCGGGCUGGGGCAUGCCCCUCGACCUGGAGAUGCACGUGUGCGACGCGGCCGCCGGCUCAGGCAUGUUCUCCGGGAACGCGGGCGCCGUCAGUGGCUCCAGCGCGGCGGCGCUGCUGCAGUCGCGCAGCGGCCCCAUCCUGCACGGCUUGGGGCCCAGCAGCGGCGUGCCGCCCUCCAGCGGCGCCGCGGCCUACCUGCCCAGCCCGGGCAUGCAGUCACUGCCCUUUAGCGGCGGCGGCGGGAUCAGCGGCAUCAGCGUGCCGGGCGUUGGAGGCGGCGUUGGCGGAGGCGGAGGUGGCAGCAGCGUGGGCGGCGGCGUGGCGGUGGGCGUCAAGUCGGUUGCUAAGGGGCACCAGCAGCAGCAGCAGCAGCAGCAGCAGCAGCAGCAGCACACCGGUGCCAGUCCAAGCCUGGGCCGGUCGGUGCUGCGAGUGGCAAGCAUCGCGCACGACCGGCCACUGGUGUCAGGCGGCGCUGGCCCUGCCGCCACCGGCGCGGUAGCGGGCAUGGAUAUUUCGUACGGCGCGGUAGCGAUGGGCGGCGGGAUGGAGGGCGGCGGUGGCGGCAUCGGGGUUCCGGUUGCGCCGCUGAAGCUGCGCCGUGCUUCUCUGGUGGCGGUGGACCAUUCGUGUUCGGGCCAGUACCCGCACUCGCAGUCGCAGUCCCACGCGCACUCGCAGGCGCUAUCGCAGCAGCAGGCGACGCACCUGCACCAGCACCAGCAGCAGGAGGCUCAGCAGCAGCAACACCAGCAGGCGCAGGGGUACGGAGGCGUAGCGCAGCAGCCGCUCAGCGUAGCGGCGCGCAUGUCAGGGGCGCAGAGCGGCAGCAACAGUAACUUCCUGCAGGCUCAGGACAUGUCCUUGUCGCCUCAAGUCACACCGAGGCACCAGCAGUCGACAGGCCACCCGCAGCCGCGCUCGGCCAUGGGUCCAGGCAUGCCGUCGGCGGGUGGUCCUGGCGGUGGCGGUGGCGGCAUUGGCGUGAGUGGGGGCAUGUAUGCCUUCCAGGAGAGCCAGCAGCAGCAGCAGCAGCAGCAGAUUCUGCAGCAGCAGCAGCAACACCAGCAACAGCAACAGUGGACGCUGUCGCAGCGGCAGCAGCACAUCCAACAGCUUGCGGCGGGCGCGCACGCAGCCAGCCAGGGCGGCCUGCCUCAACUGGCAUCUGGAUCGCACAGCCACGGCAGCCUGCCGCACUUACGAGGCGAGCCCUCGCCACUGCCGCACCAGCAGCACCAGCAGCAACAGUACCUGCUGUUGCAGCAACAACAGCAGCAACAACAGCAGCAACAACAGCUGCAGCUGCAGCAGCAACAGUUUUUGAUGACGAACGCGGCGGCCAUGCGUCCCAGCGCGAUGACCAUGCCUGUAGACGUCAGCGUCGACCCAGCCGUCAGCGGCGGGCACAGCGGCUCGAUGUCUUACCACUCCAUGGGGCGCACCGCCGCCACCACCAUCACUAACAACACCAUGAACAACAACAGUAACAUGUCGGAGUCGCAGUUUCAGGCGGUUUCGGUGGGCCAGGUCCUGGGCGUGCGCGGCGGCGGCAGCAGGGCCCUUGGCGGCAGCGGCCCCGCAGGGCUGCCCGGCUUUCCACCAGCCACCACCACCAGUCGCGGCGGCGGGCAGUACGGCGUCAGUGGCGACGCGAGCGGCGGCUUUGACCGGGGCAUCUUUGACAGCGCCGGAGUCGGCGGCGGCAUGCGCGGCGGCUUCGCCGGUUACGGCACGCUCGACGGCGCGGGCGGCGCGGCGGGCAGCGGCGUGAAUAUGGCAGGAGCCUAUAACUCUCCGACGGUGGACUAUGGCGGCGGCGGCGGUGCCGGCGUUGACCUGGUGCCGACUCGCUCCAUGUCGACGUCGCUGGCGGGCGCGGCGAUGGACGAUGACCCGAUAGAGAUGAGCACGUCCAUGAUGGGCUCUGGCGGCGGCGGUGGCGGCGAUGCCAGCGACGGCAUGAACACGGCGCAGACACGGGCCCUGCCAUCGCCCGGCCCCCGCAACAGCCGCGGCGUGUCAGCCGCCGCCGCCGGCAGCAGCGCACGCGCGCUGCAGGCCUCCGUUGCGGCCGGCAGCGCCGCCGCGGCGGCGCAAGCCCAAGCCCAGGCGCACUCGCAGAGCAAGGCGGCGCAGCGCGCCGCCGCGGCGGCGGCCGCGCGCGAGGCCGCGGGCGCCACAAAGGCCGGCAAGCCGCGGCAGCGCACGCGCACGGUGUCGACGCUGGCGGACGUGGUGCGCUUCAGGCUGAUCACGCCGGGCUCGCACCAGCUGCUGGUGGGCAACCAAGACGUGGUGGACGUAGUGGUGCACGCCGACGGCCGCAUCGACUGCCAGUAUGGCGAGUUCCGCUCCGUGAGCAGCCUGGCGCUGAAGGUGCUGAGGCAGCGCAACCCCAACCGCAUGGCGUGCGACGGAUGGCAGGAGGUCAAGCUGAAUGGCGUGCGGCUAGAUGAGAUGCGGCAGGAGGCGGGGAGGCUGCUGGCGCGUGAAGCAGCCGCAAGCGGCAAACUAGAUCACGAAGAGAGGGAAAGGUAGAACAUGCGUGAUUGGAUUGUGGACCAGCGGGGUGGCUGAUGGGUGCAAACUACAACGCGUUAACGCGGGGUCAAGGGUGUCUUUUGAUAUUCAUUCAUGCCCAUUCCGUACUAGCAGCGCAGCGGCGGGUGGGCUUGCGUGGCAAGGUUGGGUGAAGGGGGGUCAGCGCCAAAUAUGGUGCGAUAUCUAUACACUUGGAUAGGGGUUUGGAAAGCAAAGCGUCUGUGACAUAUCUACGUAUGCGACCAGACUCCCGGAUGCUGAGAUGAUGAUGUGGGCACAGUGAGCGUGACAUGACUUGGUGCAACGCAGAGCGUAUGUUACAAGGCAGCCCUGUGAUGACUGCUUACAGGUUAUUAUGAUGCGUCAGCUUGAACAGCACCGCUCAACUAUCUGUUAAUGCUCGGGCCGGAUGAGCCGGAGGACCAGGGGUGUCUUGAAUGCGGGAUCGGGACCGACGGACAACAAGUAAAGGAACCAAAUCAACUUUUCAUGAUCAUGUUGCUUGGCUAGCUGGGCGUAGUCUGCAGUGCAGCGCCGCAGCACGACCUGUUGUGGCCAAGGCGCGGGUUUGCCGAGCCUGAACUCUUAGCAAGUGUGCAAAACGAUCAAACCAAUUGCUGAGUGGUAGCACGUUUCGUAGUUUUCAUGCGCGCAGUAUGUGGUAGGCCGCAGCAGUGAGGAGUGUUGUGGCUUGAGGAUUUCCUGCUGUUCGGUUGUCCUGUGCUGGCUGUACUGUUGCUUGGCAGCGGGACGUGGCUGGACACAUGGCGGGCCGUACCUGUACGAACGGACCCCGGCUUUGUCCGGAAGAUGAGGUAGACGCUUGCGGCCUCAGACUGGAGACGUGGCGUGGGCGCAGCCCACUUUUCCCAUGUGAGAGGAAACCACAUAUCUUGUUCAUACGCGCCAUGCUGGUAUUGGAGCUGCUAUUGAGGAUGGCACAUGAAAGCGUUUGUCAAGACUCUAGAGGUGCAACUAUUGCGUGCGUGCUUGAUUGGCGUGCGCGCCUAUCGUAUCGGCGGUAUGCGUACACGGUACCUACAUGUUGCCUGAUGUGACCAGGAUUAGAGCGUGGCGUGGCGUGGGCACAUGGCAAAGCAAGACAGACCUCAGGCGGGACGCCUUCUAGGCGGCCCGAAUGCAAUAUUAUCUUGCGUGCGAAGGUCAGGGUACCGUGCUGCAGUUGAGGCGCGGUUGUGACAUUGGAUCAAAAGCAGAGGGGAUCAUUGAUGAUCUGAGCUGUGCAUGGGUCGAGUAUAUUGAGUAUAUAGCGCAUAGUACAGUCGUUGGCAGCGCUAGCAGAUAGAAGUUAUGGGUGGCCGCAAGGGUGUCCGGGCGCUUACGACAACAUUCAUGACAACUGGCAGGGCGCCCGCGGGCGUGUCGCAUGGCACUGUAUUACGGUAUGUCAUGUCCGGCUUUGGA